AUGCUUGCAUGGCGCUGUCGCGCAUCCUGGCGCGGCCGACUCUGUUCGCAUUUCGACUCCAGCUGCAGCUGGUCCCGACGCACAUCUCCAUUCGAUCCGAUUCCUGCCCAGAUCUCCAGACAGCCGCGCGUGCGAGGCGGGCGACCUGGCCCACUCGGUGGCUUUCCUCGUGAGGUUUCUGACCUCGACAAGAGCAGCAGCCAGUCCGGCCAGGGCCAGCUAGAUUUCAACGAGUUCUUGGAGAUCAUGACCGCCAAGAUGAGCGAGAAGGACUCGAAGGAACAGAUCCAGAAGGCCUUCCAGCUCUUCAAGGGGCCGUCGGGCAAGAUCUCAUUCGAGGACCUGAAAGCCGUCGCCAAGGAGCUGGGGGAGCAGAUGUCCGAUGAGGAGCUCAUGGAGAUGAUCCGGGAAGCAGACAAGGACGAGGACCACGAGGUCAGCGAGGAGGAGUUCAUGAGAAUCAUACGCAAGUCAACGCUCUGA